CAAAAAUAAGGGAUAUUUAAGUCGGGACACCUGGAAGUAUGCUGAAAGGACUAUCAUAUCGUAGACGACUGUGUUUGUUAAAGACGCCUUGUUCUAACUACGUGACUUGUUUAUGGUGAUUUAAGUUACUAUCGUUGAGCAAAGAUAAAAUCUACAGAAACUGGGCGGGCAUAUGAGCGAAGUGGGCCUAAUGAUAGUGCCGCCAUUGGUAUAUAAAGCCGUGCAGCUGCCUGCCUUCUUUCAGUAGACCUGGACUGUGGCACCGUGACCUGCCAAGGGUGCGAGUCGGCCAUGUCUAAAGCCAGCGAUGUGUACCUCGUUACGGGAGCCUGCGGCUUCCUGGGACAGAGAAUCUGCCAGCUGCUCUUGGAGGAGGAGCAGGGGAUCGCGGAGAUCCGACUGUUCGACAAGAAUUCCCGGCCAGAGCUCAUCCAGUCCCUCCAAGCAUCCGCAAGCCGGACCAAAGUGAGCAUGCUGGAGGGGGACAUUCGAGAUGCUGAGCUGUUGAGGAGAGCUUGUCAAGGAGUAUCUGUGGUGAUCCACACCGCCUCUCUCAUUGAUAUCGUCGGAGCCGUGGACUACAGCGAACUCCACGGGGUUAACGUGAAGGGGACCCAACUCCUGCUGGAAGCCUGCAUCCAGGAGAGCGUCCCAUCGUUCGUGUACACCAGCAGCAUAGAGGUGGCGGGCCCCAACCCCCGGGGGGACCCUGUGGUCGACGGCGAUGAGGACACGCCCUACACGCCCUGCCUGAAGUUCCCCUACAGCCGGACCAAGCAGGAGGGCGAGCAACUGAGCCUCCAAGCCCACGGGGAGAGCCUGCGGAACGGGGGCCGGCUGGCCACCUGCGCCCUGAGGCCCAUGUACAUCUACGGCGAGGGCUGCCGCUUCCUCCUCUUCCACAUGGGCAACGGCAUACGCAACGGCGACGUUCUGCUGCGCACGUCGCACCCGGACGCCCGGGUCAACCCCGUGUACGUCGGGAACGUGGCCUUCGCCCAUGUGCGCGCCGCCAGGGCGCUGAAGGAUGCGGAGAGGAGGGCCGUGGUGGGCGGGAACUUCUACUUCGUCUCAGACGACACGCCGCCCGCCAGCUACUCUGACUUCAACCACGCGGUGAUGUCGCCACUCUGCUUCGGCAUCCAGGAGAAGUUCAUGAUGCCCUACCCUCUCCUCGUCUUCCUCGCCUUCGUCAUGGAGAUGCUCCAGUGGCUGCUCCGCCCCUUCAUGCGGUACAGCCCGCCCCUGAACCGCCAGCUCCUGGUGAUGGUCAACACGGCCUUCACGUUCUCCUACCGAAAGGCCCAGAGAGACAUCGGCUACACCCCGCGGUAUAGCUGGGAGGAGGCGCGCAAACGCACCUCGGAUUGGCUGGCCUCCGUCCUGCCUCGGGAGAGAGACCGACUCAAGACUCACUGACUCCUCCUGAUCCCGCUAUUAAAAAUAUUUCGGGAAAUUACCAUUGCAUAAUAAACAUAUAAUCAUUCUUGA